AAAUUUGCUUUCCUAAGCGUCCUUUCGCGAAAGCAAAAAUUAGUUCGGUUCGAGUAAAUUGAAUUUUGUAUUUUUUAAGCCAUCUAUUCAGAAUGGUUCGCAAAACGGAUAAGGCAAAAGAGUCUAGCAAAAAAAGAGCGACAAUAAUGAAGCCUGAGAAACCAAAGAAAGUUAAAGUUUGGGAGCACGAACAAAUUGUUAAAUUCAUCGAUUUGGUAAAAAAUCAAGAAUCCAUCUGGAAGCUCAACGAGGUUGGCCCUUGGAAAAAGAAAACAAGAAAAGAGGCUUGGUCAAAAGUAGCCGAUAGCUUUGGUAAUCAAUUUGACGAGGAGGAUCUGUUAAAAAAAUGGAAUACUUUGAGAGGAUCAUAUAACGUAGUCUCAAAAACCAAUCGCGCAUGGCUUUAUAGGAAAUCACUUUCCUUUCUCGAUAGUCGAUAUGACCAACCAGUUAUUUCUUCCACACAACGGUCUGCAACACCCCCGAGAAAAUCUUCACAAGAUGAAUCUAUUGAUACUGUCGAAGAAGAUGACACAAUAAUCUCUUCGGAUGUACAACUGCCCAACUCUUCAGCAGCAGUCUCUAAUGUCACAACAACAACACCCGCAUCUGCUGCACAUCGACAACAGGGCAUGGGUGCUGUCGAUAGAGACGAGGCUUUGGUCACAUUUAUCCUAAGUGAAUUGCGAACAUUAUCCGAAAGCAAUGCCAAUAUUUUGAGAUGUCGUCUGCAACGCAGCCUACUGGAGUUUAAUGAGGAAAAUCAGAACAAUAUGUCUAUGUCGAUGAAUGCUGCCGAUCUGGUCGAGAUGAAUUAUGGCACUUCAAAGAAUUAUUAGUUUACCUAUCGAAAAGAAUAUUUAUGAUUAUUGUACUUAUAUUUACCUGAAAAAUUAAAUAAAGCAAGGAAUGUGCACUG